AUGACGGCCCCAGCCCCCGCCAUGAACGAGAAACCCGAUUCCGCCUCGGGGUUCCGCUCAGACACGCCCUCCGAAAUAACCCUGGCCCCGGCCGCCGACCCGGAAAUUCAAGCUGCCGGCGGCACCGCACAACCGCCGCCAACCGCCGCCGCCCCGGGCCCCGUUCCGGACGGUGGUCUCGAAGCCUGGGUCCAGGUUCUCGGCUCUUGGGUCAUCCUCGCCCACACCUGGGGCCUCGUCAACACCUUUGGCGUCUACCAGACCUACUACGAACGCACCCUUCAUGACACCACCCCCUCCGCAAUCUCCUGGAUCGGCUCCCUCCAGGGCGCCCUCCUAAUGAUGGUUGGACCCAUCGCCGGGCCCCUUUACGACGCCGGCUACUUCCGCGAGCUCAUCUGGGCCGGCCUCUUCCUCAUUCUUGUCGGCAUGUUCAUGACCUCCCUCUGUACCACCUACUGGCAGGUCCUCCUCGCGCAGGGUGUAUGCAUCGGCCUCGGCUGCGGCUUAUGCUUCCUCCCCUCCACCGCGAUCCUCAGCCAGUACUUCAACAAGCGUCGCGCCCUUGUCAUUGGCAUCGCGGCAACAGGGUCGCCCAUCGUGGGCAUGUGCUUUCCCAUUCUAUUCGGCCACCUUGAGCCCAAGAUCGGCUUCGGCUGGGCCACGCGCGUCCUCGCCUUCAUCCUGCUGGGUCUGUCCAUCAUUCCCGCCGUCACGAUGCACACCCGCCUCCCGCCCUCGGGCCACAAGCGCUCGCUUGUCGACAAGGAGGCUUUACGGGACCCGGCCUUUAUGCUCGUCGUGGCGGGUUCUUUCGUCGGGUUCCUGGCCAUGUACGUGCCGUACUUCUACAUCCAGCUCUUUGCCGUCAAUCAUGAAAUAGGCCCGUCCGAUUUUUCUGCAUACUUUGUCACGCUCCUUAGCGCCGGGAGCAUCCCGGGCCGUGUGAUACCCAAUUAUCUGGCAGACAAGGUCGGCGCGCUGUACAUGCAUAUUUCCGUCGCGGCGGGCUCGGCGGUGCUCAUGUUCGCGUGGUUGGGAAUCCGCAACAUGGGCGGACUGGUCGUCUUCUCUCUUCUGUAUGGUCUCUUCUCCGGCGGCAUGGUGAGCAUUUCGCCGACCGUUGUCGUCAGCCUGUCGCCGGAUCUGGGCCGCGUGGGAACACGCAUGGGUAUGAUGAACUUCAUCGCUGGUAUCGCCAUCCUCGUCGGCACGCCGAUUGCCGGUGCCAUCCUAGGCGACUACAGCGAGGUGGCGUGGCAGUCCAUGAUCGGGUACGGAGCGGCGGCUUUGACGGUCGGGUCGAUGUUGUUGACUUUGGCCAAAAUCUUCCAGUUGAAGACGGCUCGGAAUUUGAAGGCAUGA